AUGAAACCCACGAAACCGCCCGCCAAGAUAUUUCCUAUAUCAUCGUUGAUAUCAGAGCUACCUUCCAAUGUUAUCCUGCCCCUCUCAGGAAAUACCUCAGAGAGGGGACGCUUGAUCAUUAUUGGUGAUGUGCAUGGAAUGAGAAAAUCUCUAGAGGCACUCCUGGAAAAAGUCAGCUUUGAAAAAUCCAAAGGUGAUCAUUUGGUCUUGACUGGCGACCUCACAAAUAAGGGACCUGAUAGCCCUGGCGUCGUUGACCUGGCAAUAAAACUAGGUGCCAGUGCAGUGAGAGGAAACCACGAAAAUGCAGUUCUAAAUGCGGCUGCGGCGAUCAAUGCUACAAGCGAUAGUCAAAAUAAUACUGGAGACCUAUCAAGUUCGGCUGCAUCUGAGAAUGAAUCAGCUCCUAACCCGCCAUCUGCCGCAACGCAGAGUACGGCAUCAGCUCUUUCAAAACUCCAGCUAGACUGGCUUGCCGCCUUGCCUGUGGCCUUGCGCAUCAAGUUACCUCCGGAUCUCCCAUCAUCUCUUGACAACAAUCUAGUUGCCGUACAUGCAGGCCUUGUUCCCGGAAUCCCAAUUGAAGAGCAAGAUCCACAUGCUAUACUCCAUAUACGGAGCCUCGAACGUUCACCCGAAGACGAGCAUAAAUUCCUACCCGCUUUAGCUCGCGGAGAAGAAAGCUGGACUGUGGAAUGGAAUCGAUGGCAAGAUAGCUUAGAAACCAAGACUACCGUAAUAUUCGGACAUGAUGCGAGACGUGGUUUACAGAUAAGUAGCCAUGCGAUUGGACUGGACUCGGGAUGUUUAUAUGGCAACAAGCUAAGCGCAGUUGUAAUUGAGGCUUCCAAUGGGAGAAUUGGGCAUCAAAUUAUUCAAGUUGAAUGUGCUGAUACUCCUGUGGCCCCAAAGGAACCGGUGAAAGAAGGCGACGAGGAGGUGGCUACUUAA